CGGAAGCCCGCCAUAGAGUUUAGUGGCCAGAGCGACUCUUCAGGGAGGUGGCAGGAAAGGCUUGGAACAGCUGCCGGAGGUGACGGAGCGGCGGCCCCGCCCGGUGCGCUGGAGGUCGAAGCUUCCAGGUAGCGGCCCGCAGAGCCUGACCCAGGGUACGACGAAGCAGUCGGCGGGAGCCCACGGUCGCUGGGCGGUGUCUUUAAGGGAGGGGGCGGAGCCACGUCUCUGGACAUCCUGAGCCCAAGUCCCCCACGCUCAGCGCAGUGAUGAGUGCGGAAGUGAAGGUGACAGGGCAGAACCAGGAGCAAUUUCUGCUCCUAGCCAAGUCGGCCAAGGGGGCAGCGCUGGCCACACUCAUCCAUCAGGUGCUGGAGGCCCCUGGUGUCUACGUGUUUGGAGAACUGCUGGACAUGCCCAAUGUUAGAGAGGGUAGGAAUUGGAUGGCGUAUGGAGCAAGAGGGCAUUGUGGUUUGGGAGAAUAGUGUAAACAAAAGCCUGAAGGUGGAAAUGAGCCCUUCCUGUGUGAAGAGUGAUCAGAGAGGCAGAGAACUCCUUUUGCUGGCUGAGAGUGACUUUGCCUCCACCUUCCGGCUGCUCACAGUGUUUGCUUAUGGGACAUACGCUGACUACUUAGCUGAAGCCCGGAAUCUUCCUCCACUAACAGAGGCUCAGAAGAAUAAGCUUCGACACCUCUCAGUUGUCACCCUGGCUGCUAAAGUAAAGUGUAUCCCAUAUGCAGUGUUGCUGGAGGCUCUUGCCCUGCGUAAUGUGCGGCAGCUGGAAGACCUUGUGAUUGAGGCUGUAUAUGCUGACGUGCUUCGUGGCUCCCUGGACCAGCGCAACCAGCGGCUCGAGGUUGACUACAGCAUCGGGCGGGACAUCCAGCGCCAGGACCUCAGUGCCAUUGCCCGAACCCUGCAGGAAUGGUGUGUGGGCUGUGAGGUUGUGCUGUCAGGCAUUGAGGAGCAGGUGAGCCGUGCCAACCAACACAAGGAGCAGCAGCUGGGCCUGAAGCAGCAGAUUGAGAGUGAGGUUGCCAACCUUAAAAAAACCAUUAAAGUUACGACGGCAGCAGCAGCCGCAGCCACAUCUCAGGACCCUGAGCAACACCUGACUGAGCUGAGGGAACCAGCUCCUGGCACUAACCAGCGCCAGCCCAGCAAGAAAGCCUCAAAGGGCAAGGGGCUCCGAGGGAGCGCCAAGAUUUGGUCCAAGUCGAAUUGAAAGGACUGUCGUUUCCUCCCUGGGGAUGUGGGGUCCCAGCUGCCUGCCUGCCUCUUAGGAGUCCUCAGAGAGCCUUCUGUGCCCCUGGCCAGCUGAUAAUCCUAGGUUCAUGACCCUUCACCUCCCCUAACCCCAAACAUAGAUCACACCUUCUCUAGGGAGGAGGCAAAUGUAGGUCAUGUUUUGUUGGUACUUUCUGUUUUUUGUGACUUCAUGUGUUCCAUUGCUCCCCGCUGCCAUGCUCUCUCCCUUGUUUCCUUAAGAGCUCAGCAUCUGUCCCUGUUCAUUACAUGUCAUUGAGUAGGUGGGUAGCCCUGAUGGGGGUCGCUCUGUCUGGAGCAUAACCCACAGGUGUUUUUUCUACCACCCCAUCCCUGCAUGCCUGAUCCCCAAUUCCUAUACCCUACCCCUGACCUAUUGAGCAGCCUCUGAAGAGCCAUAGGGCCCCCACCUUUACUCACACCCUGAGAAUUCUGGGAGCCAGUCUGCCAUUCCACGGGUCACUGGACAUGUUCAUCCUAGAAUCCUGUCACACUACAGUCAUUUCUUUUCCUCUGUCUGGCCCUUGGGUCCUGGGAAUGCUGCUGCUUCAACCCCAGAGCCUAAGAAUGGCAGCCAUUUCUUAACAUGUUGAGAGAUGAUUCUUUCUUGGCCCUGGCCAUCUCGGGAAGCUUGAUGGCAAUCCUGGAAGGGUUUAAUCUCCUUUUGUGAGUUUGGUGGGGAAGGGAAGGGUAUAUAGAUUGUAUUAAAAAAAAAAAAAGGUAUAUAUGCAUAUAUCUAUAUAUAACAUGACACAGAAAUAAAUCUAUAUGAAAUCUUAUCUACAAA